CAUGGACAGGCUGAGUUAGGUAUAGGAGACCGGACUCCUUCGGUGUUGCCAUUUUACUCUUAGCAUGUCUAGGUAUUAAAGAAGGCUGUGCAUACACCCAUCAAGUACUAAUCCCCAUUACUGGCGUGAGGGAUUUUUCAUAACGUUCAUAACAGCCCUGCCCAUGAUGCACACCAUCUGAAGUCAGAUUUGACUAGUCGCCGGUCAAAAAACGGUCACUUUAGGCCCGCAGAAUAGCAAAGCUUGAGUCGCAGGUCCUAAAGUCCUAAGAGCUAUACAAAUCGAAGAUAUGGCGUACAAUAUUUUAAGUCAUGUUUCAAGCGGCACAUUUUCAAAAUUUCUCGUAAACAACGCAUGUACCAGCAAUUUGGUAUGCGUGAGAUAUGCGUCAAAGAAGGCCAGCAGCAGUACAAGAAACAAACCUGAUAAUCGAAGGCCAAAACACAGAGGAUGCCAAGUACAUGAUGGACAUUAUGUUCAAGACAGUACGAUGUUAGUCAAGCAACUCAAUCUUAGGUUCCAUCCAGGAUUAUACGUCGGCAUUGGCAGAAAUUGCACACUGUAUGCCAUGGAACCAGGGAAGGUGGUCAUUACUUGUGAAAAGAUCAAUCCGAACAUGAAAUUAUGGUGGUGUCGAGUGAAUUACGGAGGUAGAGAAAAUAGUGUUAUAUAUAAAAAGCAUUUUAAUGUCAUCCCUAAUCCACAAGACAAUAAGUUCAUCCUGGUCGACACAGUUUGAAUGUACAGGUGAUGUUCAUCUGCGAUAGAAAAUAAAUCUGACCGUAUCGAACGUU